CUUUAGCUCGACGGCAAACACAUUUAUUUAUUUCUUAUCUGUUUUUGUUGUUCUGUUGGCCAAGAAAACACUCAAGUGCUAAGACACUAACCAACGCUAUUUGUAAGAUAGACGCGCGCGUUAACUGUAGUCAUUUUAGUCUCAGUGGCCAGUGAAAUAAUUAUCAUACAACUCUAGCAUUUUUAAAAUAGAGCGUUGUGCUGACGUGGUUUAAAUAAUUUGUUACUUACGAAUUAAGUGUAAUCUUAAUUCAAUAUACUUGUUAAAUAGUUGUAUCUAUAUAAUGUCGACGAUAAAAUUGUUUGUAUGCUGCAUGAUGCUAGUUGCACUAGCUAUGGGCCAGGAGCAAGGCUACAGCUUCACAUCAAAAGAGGUCAAAUGCCACGUUUGCAAAGCAACGGUUCAGGAACUUGAGGAUGCAAUUGCCAAAGAGGAUCCCAAGAAGAUGGUUGACGUGAGCGGUUUCCGCUUGGACGCCAGUGGAAAUUCAAUCACCAAACGAGUGCGCUUCAUCAAAUCUGAAAUGUUCUUGACCGAGCUCAUGGAAAAGAUUUGUGACAAAAUGGAGGAUUAUCUGAAGGCCACCUACAAAAACAAUGGGAAAUUCACUUUGCUCAAGAUGAUCAUCGAUGGCAAAAUGAAUCCCGAUUCCUCGCUCGUUGAUUUUGUUCAGGACGGUGAUCUGAAUAAGAGUCUUGGACACUUUUGCCUGGAGGUGCUGGAAGACAAUGAGGAAACGUUUUUGAAAGCAUUCCAAGCCGAAGAGCUGGGCAAUGAUUUGGAUAUUAAGAUCUGCUCGGAACAGGCUAAAUAUUGUGAUGACGCGCCCGUACAGGAUGAAUACAACUUUGAGGGCAAGGAAGAACUGUGAUUCCAUUGCGAAAUGUACGAUUUUCUAUGAUCAUCAUCAUUGUUAUUGGAUCGUCUGCAACAGACGCUUAACUAAUUGACUGUAUUGACCUCUUAAACUAGAUGGAAUUUACAAUUUUUAUAUGCAACAUAAAAAUGAUAAUAAAUUUGAAAUGGUAUAUUACGUUGUUUACUUAACAAUUAACAAAUGCCAACCAGUUUUACAAGUAUUUGGUGUGCAGGACAGCAGGAGCGACUAACAAUAAUGGAAUAUGUAAACCGCCUUCGUUGUUGUUAAUGUCUUAAGGGUUCUUCUGUUUGUGGUGCGACACAUCAGCAGAGUAGUAGAGUCAAUCAAUCAACUAGGUAUCCUUUUCUUCAGGACUGCCAAAACUAACUGGUUAGAUCUUUCAAGUCUGUUAAUAAUUAUGAUAUACUUUACGGUGGGUCGGAUACAUUGCGCAGCAUUUGAUGGCGUAUAACCAGAAAUGGAGCUCCAAAUCCAAUAGUUCCCAAUACCAACCAGAAGAAAGUGAAGCGCAAAGGACUUUCCA